AUGUCCGAGCGGCUUUUACAGGGUUCUAAAAUCGGGAUUGAGGAAUGUUACGAGGACAUUUGCGUUUCUGAGGAUGUAAAAGUUGUGCCUUCCUUUAAAAAAAUGGGUCUCAAGAUGGAGCUACUUCGGGGAAUUUAUGAAUAUGGCUUCGAGAAACCAUCUCUGGUACAACAACGGGCCAUCUGUCAAAUUCUUCUCGGCCGCGAUGUUGUGGUGCAGGCGCAGAGUGGCACGGGCAAAACUGCUACAUUCUGUAUUGGUAGCCUCCAGCGCAUGGAUGAGAGCAGGAAGGAGACGCAAGCCCUCUUUUUGGCUCCUACUCGUGAACUGGCCUCACAGAUUCAUCAGGUGGCUUCCGCGUUGGCAGACUACCUGUCUGUAAAGUGUGUUCUCUGCUGCGGUGGACGAAGCAAUGCGGGUGAAAUGGGAAAAACUGUGGAAAAGGGUUCCCAAAUCGUCGUAGGUACACCAGGUCGCAUUUUAGUUUCUUUCAAGAAGUCUACUAAGAUCCUGCAACUAGCUGGUAGUUCGACCACCGCAGGCGACGAUCCCCACCGGUGUCUUAUUAUGUGGAUGCAAUUUUUAGUCGCCCAUUUCUUUUCUUUGGAUGAAGUCUUGUGA